AUGUUGGGUAAAACUGCACCUUUUGAUACUUUCAAUUUUACUAAACAAAUUUUUGAUACAAGAAAUCCAUCUCCCUUAACACUUUCAGUAAAUGCAUUUGGUUCUAAAACAACAUUUGGAUUUAGAGAAAGUGACGACACAGAAACAACUCCAAAAUUUACUUAUAAUAGUUGUCCUCAAAUUAUAAGUAAAUUUGGAUAUAAACAAAUUGAAACUUCACUAAAUGUAUCAACAAAUUCUCAACAAAUAAAAGUUUCUAGUAGUUUACCUUUUUAUUCAUUUACAUUUGAUGCAAUUUUAAAAGAUAAAACAAUUCAAAAAGUUAAUGUAAAUGGUGUUGCACAAAUAUAUAAAAAUAUUUUUAUUGGAAUUAAUUAUCUUCUUCCUUCAAAUAAAUUAUCACCUGUAUUUAUUAAACAAAAUGAAGAAACUCCAAUAGAUGAUAAUAAUGAAACAAAAACUUCUGUGAAAGAACUUAUUCAUGGAAUAGAACAAAUUCAACAAAAUAGUUCUGGAUUUAUUUGUUAUCAAGAAUCUCCAUACAAGAAAUAUUCUCUUUUUUUUGAUUAUUCUGCUUGUAUAAUUGGUGCAAGAUUAUUAAGAAAAUGGAAUAAUAUUAUUAUUGCUUCUGAAGCUUAUUUUAAAAAUAAAAGAUUUGAAGCUCAAACGGCAAUUAGUAGUAAUAUUCAAAAUGUUGGAAAUUGUAAAUUGAUUAUUACUUCAAAGAAACAAGCCAUUGCCCAAAUUACACAUCCAAUUACUAAUCUUCUUAAAUUAAAGAUUCAAUAUUUCCAUUCUUAUGAAGACCAGAAAAAUCAACUCUCUUUUGGAAUUGAUUUAUCACUUUAA